AUGUCGAAAGAUAUGGACAAUGACGAACCAUUUAUUUAUCGUUUAAAUGAUAAUGGUACUGGACCCAGUUUGUUAGUUAAGGUUUGCGCUGAACGCGGGUGGCGUAUCUACCAAGCGACACCAGGAGAAGAGAAAUGGAACCUGUGGUGGAGGAGCAGCGCUUUCCCAGCAACCUGUUAUAAGACCCUUGAUGACUGGCAGUUCAUGAAUCACAUACCAAAAGGAGGCUCUAUUUGCCGCAAGGAUAGCCUAUCCCGACUCCUACGCUGCAUGCGAAGAAUUUACGGACCCAUUUAUGACUUUAGUCCACCAUGCUACCACCUGCCGCUGGAGUAUGCCAAGCUGGUAUCAGAAUGCUCAAAAUUACGUAGAUGCGAUGAAGGCGCUAAUGUUGUUUGGAUUCACAAACCGGUUGCGCAAAGCCAGGGCCGAGGGAUAUUUCUCUUUCGUAGUAUCUGUGAAUUACGUUGUGGUACGUCCGCCGUGGUUCAACGGUAUAUAGAGAGACCUUUGCUCAUGGCAGGUUACAAGUUUGACCUCCGUUUGUAUGUAUGUGUUCCCGGUUACAGACCUUUAACGGCCUAUAUGUAUGCAGAGGGGUUAGCUAGGUUCGGUACCGAUAAGUAUACUCUAUCAGACAUACACAAUCCAUACCGCCAUCUGACAAACUCGUCUUUGAAUAAAACAGGACCAAGAUAUUCGGAAUGUAAGGAAAGAAUUGGAAGCGGUUGCAAAUGGACGCUGAAACAAGUACGUCGCGCCCUUAUCGGUAGAUGGGGCGCAGUAGAGUGGCUCGUUUGGCAAAAAAUCAGAGCCCUAGUUACUCUGACGCUUUUAGCGCAAGCCGCUGGAACGCCACCUACAAGGAAUUGCUUUGAGUUUUAUGGCUUUGAUGUAUUGCUAGAUGACGCUUUAAAGCCUUGGUUGAUCGAGGUUAAUCUUUCGCCAGCAUUACAAGCUGAUUGCGAGGCGGAUGUUACAGUAAAGCAGCCAAUGCUACACGAACUGUUCGAUCUUCUUGGUUUACCAAUGAAACACACUGGUCUCUCCUACUUACAGGGACCACCUACACCACAUAUCAUGAGUUGCAGUUCGGAAGAUGAAAGUGGUAUUCCAAGUGCCGGAAGUCGCUCGUCGUCUGGUCAUAAGCGUGGUGGGCGAUCUCAGCGACGUCGGAGAGCGAUGCCUUUGAAUUGUGUCACCCUGCAACCACCAAUGGCUGAAAAAUAUAAUGAUGUUCCGACAAAUAAUGUGAGUCAGCUUAAUUCAAACAAAUCAUCAUCAGACCUUAGUGAAAGACUGGACUCUCAGUCUGCUACAAGUAUAGCUUCGCCACCAGAACCAGUGGAUGAGACAUGGCGUGGUGGUUAUGCGACGGCUGCAUCUCGAAGGCGUAUGAUAAAUGCUUGUAUGUGGGGAAACGGGGUGAGAUGGGACAAAGGGGUAAAUCGUGUGGGACAGUGGAUACGAAUAUAUCCCCACACGCAUUCUAAUGACGACCAGUUAUCAUUUGAAGAUGUCAGAGAGAGCGUGGCGCAUGUGUCAAAGUUGCUGAGAGCUGCGCGAGAGGUGACACGCGAAUGUCGUGAUGUCAAAUCACGUGACUCAACGCGUGAUGCCGUGUUCGAGAACAGUCUACGUAAAAAGCUGGCGUAUGGACCGCACUUUGAAGUGUGGUUGCCGCCAUUUUAA